AUGUUAGCGAGUCUCCGCGGUGUCUCACCUCUUUCCGACGCGAUGUCUGAGAGUACGCUCGAUAGGAAUCACGCUGAAAAAGCGCUCAUAACUAAAACCCCAACACAUAGUCAGGUUUUUCUAAAUAAAAACAGUGGAAAUGGCGUGAAAAACUAUUCAGAUAAGAAUGGAAAUAAUGUUACUAAAUCCAUGCAAACGGGAAGAAAGACUUUUGCGUUUUGGACGCUCGUUUGUUUGCUUUUUGUGCUUGCCAUUGGAAAUUUGAUACUGACCUUUACAAUUCUCGCUGUUUUAAGACUUGGACACGGUAUGGAGAGCAUGGAAUUCUUACCCGAGCACAAUGCCAUCAAAUUCUUUGGUGAGACCGAUCUUGACCACAUGUACAAAAGGGAUGGACUGAUAGAAGGUUUUCGUGACACCCCAAUGAGCAUCACCAGUGAGAAUGGAUCGGUGAUAUUCAAUCUCCAAACCAGAUUAUCCCGUUCUGAUGCGAAACUAGUGGUCAACACGUCGGGAGUGUUCGUGAAGGGUGUGAACUCGAUGGAGCUACGGGACCCUGAUACGGGAGAGGUUGUCUUCAGCACCAACGCGCCGGAGAUGAACCUGCCUGAUGGCGUCAACAACUUAGUAGCUAAGCAAAUCUCAACGAAACGCAUCUCGUCACCGAUCGACGAGGACCUGGUGAUCCGUUCGGAAACGACGGUCCACCUCCGCGGAGCCGAAGGCACCCACAUGGAUACCAAGGAGUUGUUCUGGAGCGCCGACCAGGACAUAUACCUGAAGUCGGUCAACGGUUCCGUAGUGUUGAGUGGGAAGGAAGGGGUCUACGUCGAUGUGAGAUACCUCCCCAUAGCCAUGCCUCUGAACAACUCCGAGAAUUUCGGCACAGGACAGUUCAAGGUGUGUGUCUGUAUGCCACAAGGGAAGCUCUUCAGGAUUGCAGUUCCGACGGGGCAGAAAGUGACCUGCUCGCAUGUGAACAUGACCGGGGAAUUGAAUCCGUGUCUGUAG